CUUUCGGACUCUGAUCGCCUAAGCAAUGCGAAUUCGCUGCUGACCGAACCGGUCGUUAGCUAACUAAUGCCUCCCGAACAGGUAAUAAUUAGAGCGCUGCGACAGGGUAUAAAAUCACCUCCCAACUCGAUCGCUAUAACGCUUAUUUGUAUAUCCAGGUCCAAGUCCAGCGUUUCUAGAGUCUUGAUUAACCAGAACAACCAAGCAACCAUUCUCUGCCCUUCAAUCAAUUUUAGUAGGCCACUAACACCAUGUCGAAACUUAUUACCGUCUUUGGAGCCACCGGAAAUCAGGGAGGCUCGGUCAUCCGCGCGCUCCUUGCCGAUCCGGUCCUGUCGAAGGAGUUCAAGAUCCGCGGUAUAACACGAGAUUCCAGCAAGCCCGCUGCCCAGGAACUGGCGAGCAAGGGUGUUGAGUUGGUGAGCGCCGACUUGGGAUCCGUCGAGUCCGUCGCUUCGGCUGUAAAGGACGCUCACACGAUCUUUCUGGUGACCAAUUACUGGGAAACUGCGUCCCGUAAGGUCGAGGUCGAGCAGGGCAAAAACGUUGCCGAUGCUGCCAAGGCAGCAGGCGUCUCCCAUUUGAUCUUCUCGUCCUUGAUUAAUGUCACUGAAGCCUCCAAAGGCUCCCUCCCGAACGUCCCUCACUUUGACGGGAAGGCGGAGAUCGAGAGGUAUAUCCGUGCCAGCGGUGUACCUGCCACCUUCGUGCUGCCGGGGUACUUUAUGAGCAGUUUGAUCUCUUCCCUGCGGAAGCAAGAAGAUGGUAGCUACCAGAUGUUCCUUCCAGUCAGCGAUGCCGCUCGGUUCCCGCUCUUCGAUGCGGUGAGCGAUACUGGCAAAUUUGUCACUGCGGCCAUCAAGAACAGGUCCACUGUUCUAGGCAAGCACAUCUAUGAAGCCGUGGACUACUACUCGCCAUCUCGCAUCGUCAGUGAGUUCACUGAAGCCACUGGAAAAAAGGCUUCCUGGACCCAAAUACCUGGAGAUAACUACAAAGCAUUCUUGCCAGCAGCUGUAGCGCAGGAGUUUCUGGAAAAUCACUUACUCCUGGAAGACCCUGGCUAUUAUGCUAGUGCCAAUCUGGAGGAGAGCCUCGCUCUCGUGCAGCAGCAACCCACUACGUGGAAAGAGUUUGUUACCAAUAAUGUGGCCAAGUUUGCUUAAUUGUGACCCUCUACAAGAAUUAAAACCAUAUAUCUAACAUUACAACACUGUAUGAAUCACAGAUAGGUAGUCCACAUAGAAAAUUCUAUCUCCUCUUUGUCUCAGC